CUUCCAUUAUGUUUUUGAGGACCCGUUAUCGUUUAUCUCCGCAUUUUGUUUUAUUCAACCCAGUUGGCGGGUUACAGCAAAAUAGUUGAAGGUUUGUAGUUUUUCGAAGCCGAAGGGAAGGGACAAGAGAGACAUAUUGAACUACAUUUACCAGAAAGCCGAACCGCAGAUUGACUUCCGACUAGCGCCUGUACAGUACAGUUGUUAGCUAACAUUUUGGACUGUCUGGAACAGUAGGAUGGGUGUAUCGGACUUGCAGUUUGACACAAAUGCAGGCCCCGUUGUGGAUCUUUCUGCUCGGGGCAUGCAGAAGCUGGAUCCCACUUUCACUUGUUCUGAAGACACUCACACUCUUAUCUUGGAUCGUAACAACAUCAUGAAGCUGGAUCACCUGGAGCAAAGCCCGAGCCUACAGCAGCUAUCUGUGGCCAACAACCGGCUGGUGAGGAUGAUGGGGGUGUCUCGGCUGAUGGAGCUGAGAGUACUAAAUCUUCCAAAUAACAGUAUUGGCUACAUUGAGGGACUACGAGACCUCCCAAAUCUUAAAUGGCUCAACCUGUCUGGUAACAAUAUCAAGGUCAUUGAGCAACUUAACAACUGUGUGUCCCUUCAACACUUGGAUCUGUCUGAUAACAACAUAUCUACCAUCGGUGAUCUGACCAAACUGGCGGCAUUGAAGACACUUUUACUUCACGGGAACAGCAUAACAACCCUCCGUAUGAUUCCUGCUCAUCUUCCUGCCCACUUAUCCAUCCUCUCCCUGGCAGAAAAUGAGAUAAGGGACCUUAACGAGGUGUCAUAUCUCGCGUGUCUUCACGAGCUGGAGCAGCUGUCUAUUAUGAGCAACCCUUGUGUCAUGGCGACACCCUCGCUGCCUGGUUUUGAUUAUCGACCGUACAUCAUGAGUUGGUGCCUGAGCCUGAAGGUCCUUGAUGGCUAUGUGGUGACACAGAAAGAAGGUCUGAAAGCCGAGUGGCUCUACAGUCAGGGUAAAGGCCGCUCAUAUCGCCCUGGACAGCAUGUUCAGCUGGUCCAGUACCUGGCCACAGUUUGCCCUCUGACCGCAUCACCAGCCCUGGAGACAGCAGAAGAUGCCAAACUGGAGAAGAUCCUCAGUAAGCAGAGGUUUCAUCAAAGGCAGCUGCUAGAGGAGACCCAGGGUGGCUGUUCCAGCCUUCCUCGUCCCACACAGCUGGAUGUAGAGAAGCACAGCCCCUCACGUGCAGUUCCACAGGGGGGAGCUGAAGAGGGGAAUAAGAUCACACCACCUGGACCGUCGGCCGCUCCAUCAGUCCAAGAAACCGAGCCUGUCGUGCAGUUCAACACCUGGGUGAGCUGCGACUCCUCCCAUCCAUCGCAGCCGGUGGUUCGCAGCCCGAAGCUCGCAGGGGAGCAGCUUUAUUUAGAGGACGUGCAGGCCGACGAGGAUAAGCUCAGCAGCAGCAUGCUUUCCUCAGAGUCCACCUUUCUUCCCUUCACUUCUGACCUCGAGCCGAUGACCACCCAGUCUGACAGCGAGGACGAGACGGAGACCUUCGAGCUCGAUUCGCUGGCCCCACAGCGGCCGGCCCCGGCCAGAAGGCCAAACACAGAGGAGAGGCAUCGCUCGUUCCCAGCAGAGAAGAGCAAUAGGAAGACUUUAGAAGAGGAGGUUACUUCUGUUUCCACAACGCCCGGGUCCCUAGUGGCCAGGGUCGGCGCGCAGAGCGAUCCAGAGACAUCCCCUGACUUUGGUAAAGUGGAAGUAAAAGAAGCUCCUAAGCAGGAGGAAGCGCAGAUAUGUGCAAGUCAACCAAGCCCGAUGGAAGCAGGCAAGGCAGCAAUUAAAAUACAGUCCUGGUGGCGGGGAAACUACACCCGAUGCUGCAACCCCGCAGCCAGAGAGGUGCGCUGCGAAAUCCGACUGCGCAGGAUGCAAGAGCACAUCCUUUUCCUGUCUGACAAGUUAGACAUUGUGCAGAAGCAGUAUGAGGAAGAGCGGUUGCAAAGGCUGGUCCAGGAGGAGGCUGUUAAGUUUCUAUGGAAAGAGCUCCAGUCUGUGCAUCAGUGGAAACAGUCUGUCGGGCAGCAGCUGGCAGCCGUGACUCAGGCCGUCGCAGCUGGCCAGCUCUCAUCGCCGGCAGCCUCUAAGUUGUCCCCGGCGGCUGCCCACGGCAACGCGGGCCCACUCAGCACGGACGCCUCCAUCCCAGACUCCGGCUUUCAGUCCACCAGUGACCAGCAGGCAGUCCAGGAGGACAGCUUCCUGAGCAGCGGAACGGCCGAAUCUCUGAAGACGGUGCGCGCCCUGAGUCCGCUUCUAAGCGGCCUGGCUGGUGGCAGCAACGGUGCGGACAGUGCAGACUGCAGCCUGCUGGAGCAAUACCUGUCAUCGGUACAGCAGAGGGAGGAGGAGGCCGAGGAGGUGAUUGGGGAUAAACUAGAAACACCACAGCCCUCCUCGCCAGUGUCACCCAGCAGGACAACGGCCAGCACCUCCCCCACAGAGCAGCCAGCAGAGGCCUCUCCUGUCUCUGCCGUUGGUGGGUGAAAUGAUGCUGCCGUUGCUGGGGUGACGACGACUGAGGCAGGGCCUGAUCAUGGGAAACAGAAGGGGGCCACCAUGUGCCGAAAUCUAUCCAAAUAUGGCCUGGUCUUCCUCUUCUUAGCGCUGUUCGGCUUCAUCUUCCUCCUCUGCAAUAUUCACACCAUCGAGAACUGGAACUGCCACACACUUUCAGCCCUCUAUCAGCUUCAGGGUCGGAUCCACUCAUCCUUUUUGUCAGCCAGCCUCCCUGCUUUUCACCACAACCGCACCUUCUGCGCCCGCCUGGGCCAGAAACCCUCCCCGGAAGAUGAGCUGGAAGAGCGCUACCUGUUGGACUCCAUCGCGUGGCCCAGCCCCCCGCCUCGCCGGUCACCCGCCAGCCUACGCCAGACGAGCGACCCUGUGCACAGCCUGUUCACCGUCCUCCCCGCCGAGGGAGGAAGGGAGUGGCGCCUGGGCGAGCACCUGGAGGUCCUCGUCCAAAUUCACGACUUCCAGGGCCGUCCCAAGAACUACGGCGGGGAUUUCCUCAUAGCCCGGCUGCACUCUCCCGAGCUGGGGGCAGGUGUAGCCGGGCUGGUGGUGGACCACAACAAUGGCUUUUAUUCCUGCCUGUUCCCGCUGCUGUGGGUGGGAGCGGCGCGGGUGGAGGUGACGAUGGUGCACUCCAGCGAGGCCGUGGCCGUGCUGCAGCGGCUGAGGGAGGAGCGGCCCGAUCGGGUGUUCUUCAAAAGCCUGUUCCGGUUGGGCUUCCUGUCAGAGACUACCAUGUGCAACAUGUGCCUGCCCCCCGACCAGCCCCUGUGCAACUACACAGACCUGUACACGGGCGAGCCCUGGUACUGCUACAAGCCCAAGCUGCUCAGCUGCGACGCCAGAAUCAACCACGCCAAAGGGGGCUACCUAAAACACCUCAUCACCAACAAGGAGGCGCUGCUCUUUCAGAGUGGUGUAAACAUCAAAGUCCAGCUUCAUGCCUCAGGCAGCGACAGCAUCACCGUGCUGCCACGCUCAGAUGCAAGCGAGGGGAAGAGCACCAAUGUGAAAGCUGAGCACGACCGCAUCCCGACCUCUGGAUACUACUACGGGGAUUUGUGGUGGCCGUCGGGUGGCGCCACGAUGCGGCGGUUCGACGAGUCGUCAGCCGUCGCGCAGUGUCUGAGGAACAAGGUGAUCAACCUGUAUGGAGACUCUACUGUUCGGCAGUGGUUUGAGUACCUCAUCACUGUUGUACCAGAACUGAAGGAGUUUAACCUGCACAACCCUAAAAAGGUGGGGCCGCUCUUGGCGGUGGACAGCACCCACAACAUUCUCCUGAAGUACCGCUGCCACGGCCCGCCCAUCCGCUUCACCACCGUCACGUCCAGCGAGCUGCGCUACAUUUUCAACGAGCUGGACGGCCUCUCGGGGGGCCAAAACACCGUGGUGGUCCUCAGCAUCUGGGCCCAUUUCAGCACUUUCCCGGUGGAGGUGUACAUCCGGCGGCUCCGACACAUCCGGCGAGCGCUGGUGAGGCUGAUGGAGCGAGCGCCGGGGACGCUCGUGGUGGUGCGCUCGGCCAACCUGCAGGCCCUGGACGAGGAGGUGAGCCUGUACAACAGCGACUGGUACUCCCAGCAGCUGGACGCCGUGCUCAAGGCCAUGUUUAAGGGGCUGAAUGUUCUCAUCGUGGACGCUUGGCAGAUGACCUUAGCACACCACCUGCCUCACGCCCUCCACCCGCCCCCGGUCAUCGUCAAGAACAUGAUGGACGUGUUUUUGAACUACGUUUGCCCCGAGGAGAAACAGAGCCAGACAUAGAGGCGCUGAGAAAGGCUGUGAAGCCCAUGUUCGCCCCGUAGUUCCAAACAGCUCUUUGUUCCGAUUUUCCUUUCAAGUUUUUUCCAAAGCUGCGGACCCUUUAAACACCGUCCUUUCCGAGGUUAGCCAGGCUUUUGGCGCAGGCUGUUUACAGUGUGGUUUGUGUUCCGUUUUGAGCCUCACACGACUUAAUUUACCUGGGGAAUGCCAAAGACUUUGGCACAGCAGUUGUCCUUGCUUAUUUGCUGUUGCUACCAAAAAGGAGUUUCCUGCAUGUCCAACAUUCUUAUGGUUCUAUCUUCACAAAGUAUGUGUUUGGAGACACAUUGCUGCUUCUCAGUCCGUCCAUCGGUCCGUCCCCGCUCCAGAGAACCGAAAGAAUGUGCUGCAGGUAUUCUUUCGGAGUCUGAUUUCAAAUAAGAUGUGUUACGGUUCAUUGGUCGCUGCGUUUGUGUUGGAUAGAACGAAAGCUUUCUCACCAUUAUGAAGCAUCGUGAUCUCAGGGCUGUAGUCAGAGGUUUUAAUCAUGUGCAACAUUUGGCCAGAAAACCAAAUUUCGGGUCAAUAAAUUGGUUUAUACCAGUGGUGAGCAGUCAGGGCCCGUGAGGCCUUCUCCUUCCCCUAAAAUUUCAGAUGUUAUUUUAGGCUAAAACAAUAUCUGAAUCACCAACUGAUGUUAAUUCUAUUUUAUAUAAAUCACUGUAUAAGCUUUCUACAGUGACUUAGACAUAUGAGCCACAUGCCGCUGGUAUGCGUGUGCCUUUCCAGCUGCCAUCAGGAGCUGCUUUACAUUUGGAAGCUAAGUAUCCUUUACUUUGAGGAAAGAUUAAGUCAGAGCUGGGCGACACGACGCAUCCGUCAAGGUGAUUUCCCAUUUUAGAGAAUUGGUUAUCGUUGUUGCGAUUGUUUGCGAGCGAUGUUGGGAUGGGGGGGUCCUGUGUAGUCAUUUAGGCACUGCUUGAGUUUGUUUGUUGCGUGCUCAGCUGACAGGUGAUGCCUGCUGAAUGAUCACCAAAAAGUUAAUAUAAUUGGGGGAAAAUGGGAAUAGAAACAUGCACGACUGUGCAGAUCAACAAAUGUGUGAUUCACAACACACUGUUGAUCACGUAAAAUGCUGAUGGUCAGCAAGGACAUGGACACGAAAAGAGCACAUUUAAGAGGCAGAGUCUCUCAGAAAAGAAGUUGGACCAAGGUUCAGCGGUUGCUCAGCGUAAGAAUGUGAUGAGCUUGAAUAUUCAUCGUUCAUCUACGGCACGCAGUGUCAUCUACAUAUUCAGAGAAUAUGGAUGCAAAUCUGUGUGGAAGGUCAUCCUUUUCAGGAGAGGUCUUUUUUCACCAAUACCGUGCCCAUAGCCCAACCUGAGCAGCACAGUAAAAACGCUAGCUUUUCUGUGGGUGAGAACCCACAAUUACUAUUAAGAUAAGCAAAUCUACUGUAAUAUUAACUAUUAUUCGAAUGCUUGAUGCAUCAUGGCUAUUUUUGUUUUUAAUCAGGAUUUAUGCUGCUUUUAGAGAUAGAUCAACUCUCUGAACUAAACAUAACCAAACUUUUCGUUUUGAUUUGUACAGCAUGCUUCACAGUGUGUUGGUGGUAAGCCCCGUUGGUUCAAACUGGUUCAAGUUCCCAGUAGUGGGGGAGGGGUGGUCUUCUGUCUGGAGUUUGUAUGUGUGGGUUCACUCUGUUUACUCCAGGUUCCUUCCACCGUCCAAACACACGCAUGAGGAGGAUGCUAUGUUAAUUGAUGAUUCUGAAUACUUCACAGGAGUGAGUGUGUGUGGUUGUGUGUGUCUGUGUGUCCCUGUGAUGGACUGGCGACCAGUCCAGGGUGCACCCCGCCGUUCGCCCUAAAGACAGCUGGAUUGGGCUCCAGAGCUGUGACACUUCUUGGACUAAGCAGUGUAGAAAAUGGAUGGGCGAAUGGCAGACUAAAUAAAUUUACUACUCCAGCUGACAUGAAAUGUGUUAUCUGGAGACUCAAUUACACUAACGCUCACUUUAAUGGCCAAGUCAGACCAGGCUCAUUCAUUAAGUUCGACUACUCUUUUUCCACGUGAUGCUUUUUUCCUGAUCUGAAGCUGUGCUACAGUGUAAUAAACUGAU